AGUAACCAGCACCAGCCGCAAUAGAGUCAAAAUUAGGUUUAACAAAAAAGCUACACAAACAAGGCUUAUUUCAAUUUCUCUAUAGCAAAAGAUUUCAAUCCCUUCAAAGAACUAAUUUAUGGCUGAGGAAGAAAAUCAAAUUGAGUUGAAGGAAGAAGCUGCAGAUCUUGCACCAUUUGACCCUACGAAGAAGAAGAAGAAGAAGAAGGUCGUCAUUCAAGACCCUGCCGAUGAUUCCGUUGAACAGUUGGCAGAGAAAACUGAGAGCUUAUCUGUCUCUGAAGGUCUUGAACCUACUUUUACUGGUUUGAAGAAGAAAAAGAAGAAACAGGUACAGACAGAUCUUCUGGAUGAUGAGAAAGAAAAUGCCGAGGAAGAUUUAGAUGAUUCCAUUGGAGAAGAUGAGCAAGGAGAAGGAAUUGACUUGCAUGAGCAAAAGCUUCCAUGGGAAGGAACGGACCGUGAUUAUGAGUAUGAGGAGCUUUUAGGCCGAGUCUUCCAUAUUCUGCGCGAGAACAAUCCCGAGCUUGCUGGAGACAGAAGGAGAACAGUUAUGAGGCCGCCACAAGUUCUUCGUGAAGGAACGAAGAAAACUGUCUUUGUGAAUUUUAUGGAUCUCUGCAAAUCGAUGCAUAGGCAGCCAGAGCAUGUUAUGACUUUCUUGCUUGCUGAACUUGGUACAAGUGGAUCCCUUGAUGGGCAACAAAGAUUGGUAGUGAAGGGUAGAUUUGCACCCAAAAAUUUUGAAGGGAUUCUGAGGCGAUAUGUCAAUGAGUAUGUUAUCUGCAAUGGUUGCAAGAGUCCAGAUACCAUUCUUUCAAAGGAGAACCGUCUUUUCUUCCUAAGAUGUGAGAAGUGUGGUUCUGGGCGAUCUGUUGCUCAGAUCAAGGCCGGUUUCGUGGCUCGUGUUGGCCGUAGAAAGGCUGGAACUUAGUUUUGCUCGUUAACAUUGAUGCAUUCAUUUUUGUGUGGAUGCAACUGUUUUAAGUAAGGAAUGGAAGAUAUCCAAAUGAGCAGAGAAGGCAAGUGGAGUUAAAUGCUAAACUGUGUUUUUAAUAAUCUUGUAGCAAAACAAAAUAUUGCAGAGGGUACGCCUCAUAGUACAUGUUCUUAUUUGCGUCUAUACAUUCUGUGCGUUGGUAAUAUUAUGUAACAACCGGUUUAUUGAUUAUGGUAACUUUUCACGUUUGGUA